AGUGAAAGCGAACUUUUUCGGUAGUUCGUCUCCAACUCGUCGUCGGUUAAGGACGGCAUUGUCUUCACUCUCUCUCUCUUUCCUUCUCCCGUUGCCUUGGAAACGGACUUGAACGCCAUCAUCAUGUCGCCCGCUUGACAAACACUGACAAGCAAAUACCGUGAAAUCACAGAAGUGUCUGUACAAGAAUAACAACAUAAAGGCGGUGUCGGUAGCAAAUCCUGCUAUCUGCAACACCGCCGGAUAACAGUCCUUUCUAUGGCUAACAGGACUUAUAUACCAAAAGGCUUACCGUCACUACGAUGGACACCAAAUUCUACUCUUCUUAUUCCCGGAACUUCCUUCAUCAACUGUUCUUCCGUCACCGACUCCAUCCAUCCGCGAAAAGAAUCCUGGGUCAUUCCACUUGUGGUCUUGUGUACGGUCAAUGUGACAGCUAUAUUACUUUUCGAAGUAUAUGUUCUUUACAAGUCCUGCGGAAGCCGGCGGCAUCUCUUCUUAGGACAAAUUCUUCUACUUGGACUUUUUCUCAGUUCAUUGCUGGGAUUUGCUUUUAUUCCUACGCCUAACUGGUUCACCUGUGCUAUUACCAGAGCAGGAGUAGGCAUCGCUUAUGUUCUUGUGUUUGCUACUCUUUUGGUGAAGUGUGUCUUCCUCUUAAGCCUUCAUGUCGGCGUAUAUUUAAGUACUGCAUAUCAAGGCCUGCUCUUGUUCUUUGCAGUUGCUGUGCAACUGGUUAUAGCUGUCCAGUGGUUGGUAUAUCGUCCAGCUACUGUAGUUAUUGUGGACCUCACUUCUUGUUAUGUAACCUGCGCUACUCCAGCAUCAGAUACUGUGGCCUCUUUGGCCUAUAACAUGCUAUUAAUGGUUGGUGUAGCCUUAUUGGCUAUCCGAGCACGAACUGUGCCAGAAAAUCACGGUGAAGCAUUGUAUAUCGGCGUAGCUAUCGGUUUGACCAUUCCAUUGUGGGUAGCAUGGAUUGUGACAUCAAGUGUAUCAGCAACUCGCCAUCAUGAUCCCUGCCUUGCCUUUGGAGUUGUAGUGACGGCCAGCGUCGUUUUCUUGGUGAUGUUCCUGCCUAAGGGACGACAACUGGCAUCUAUGGGUCGAAGCGGCAUUUAUAUGGACGACGGGUUCUCAUCUGUCAACCAGUCUAUCUAUACGCCAUCUUUCUUGCAUCUGAAGCCACCAAUAUUGCCUUUUGUAAAGCAGGGCACUCUGGUCAAACCACUGACUUCCACAUUCCCGGCUCAUCAAG